GUUCUUCUUAACACAUGGAAUCUGCUCGACACUAGAUGAUCGCCCGGGGAGACAAGUUACAGGUUAAGGGACCCAACGAGAUGUGACCGAGCACGAGGAAUUGACGAAAUGUAAUUAUCUCUCAGAACUUUUCAGCAGUGGAGCUGUAUAGCCGCAUGUUCGUGUAGGUAUGUCCCUACCGAAAACUCCCUAGGACCUAGAAGUCAGUCGUUUGCUGGACUAGUCUUCAUAUCUUUAUCUCUCGCAUCCUUUCUCUUCUUGCAAUCACUUUCGUCCCUACACUACCUUAGAUUACCAUCUGCUUUCGACGCAGUGCAUCGAAUCGCGUCUAACUCGUCCCAUCUGCCCUUUUGACCGACAAGAGUACGUCUUCUCUUCCUCGAAUGAUUUACUGCCGCCAUGGCAGACAAGCGGCGCACCAUACGAUACGAGCUGCCCGGUGAGAGCGUCCAGUACGAGUUGCCAGCUGAACCCGUCGAGGUUCCUGUAGCGGGCAUGCCCUCCUGGGCCGCCGAUGACAGUUCUGAGACGCGCUCCGAAAAGGGAGGAGAUGGCGUCGACCUAUGUCAACAGGACAGUUAUGUCUACGAGCUCAUGGGAAGUAGCGUGACAGUUGGCGGCGAUGGGCGGGUCGAAAUUGAUUGCGAGUCCAAACUUGCAAGAGCCCUCAGCCUCAUGUACAGGCAGAAAACAGGGCUUGAAAUGGAACAGACCGUCGAGGAACCCGAGCCGGAAUAUGAGCCUGCACCUCCACCAUACGAGGAAGCCACUGGACAUCGACCGGAGCAUCCAAGGCUCAACGUCGUGAUUCAAGUCGUUGGCAGCCGAGGGGAUGUCCAACCUUUCGUUGCCCUUGGAAACGAGAUUCAGAGGCUGGGUUUCCGAGUCCGUCUCGCUACUCACGAUGUGUUCGAGAACUUUGUCCGGGAUUCUGGUCUCGAGUUCUAUUCGGUCGGCGGCGAUCCCGCCGCACUGAUGGCGUACAUGGUUAAGAACCCCGGCCUCAUCCCAAGCUUCCAGAGUCUGCAUGCAGGUGAGAUCCAGCAAAAACGUGACAUGGUGGAGGAGAUGCUCGAAGGGUUUUGGGCUUCUUGUUUCCGCCCAGACACCAUCACCGGAGCACCGUUCGUGGCCGACGCCAUUAUCGCCAACCCGCCUGCCUUUGCACAUGUACACUGCGCCGAGGCCCUCGGAAUCCCGGUACACAUCAUGUUCACCAUGCCCUGGACAAGCACAAGCGCAUUUCCGCACCCACUGGCGAAUCUCAACAACAGCAGGGGCAAUCAGCCGAUGGCCAACUACGCGUCUUAUGCAAUAGUCGAGCAUCUGACAUGGCAGGGCUUAGGCCCUAUCAUCAACAAAUGGCGGCGGUCACUCGGUCUGGAGAACGUGGCCAUGUUUGACGGCCCGUUGCUGACAGAGAGGCUUCUCAUCCCUCACACAUACUGCUGGUCCCCUGCCCUCGUUCCCAAGCCCGCGGAUUGGGGCGCUCAUAUUGAUGUCUGUGGGUUCUUCUUCCGCAACCCACCCUCGUACUCGCCUCCUGAAGAUCUCACGUGUUUUCUUUCUGCUGGCCCGAAGCCUGUCUAUAUUGGAUUCGGAAGCAUCGUGCUUGACGACCCCCAAGGCGCCAUUCAAAUCAUUCUGGAUGCUAUCAAAGUAGCAGGCGUUCGGGCCAUCAUCUCCAAGGGAUGGAGCCACUUGGCGGGGCCGGUGAGCGAACACGUAUACUGGAUCGGAGACUGCCCUCACGAGUGGCUCUUCACUCAUGUCGCAGCCGUUGUCCACCAUGGUGGCGCGGGCACCACAGCCUGCGGCCUGGGAAACGGAGUACCUACCAUGAUCGUACCCUUUUUUGGGGACCAACCCUUCUGGGGAGAGAUGGUCGCCAACUCCGGUGCGGGUCCGAAGCCGGUUCCCUUCAGGCAACUCACCGCGCAGAAGCUGGCCGAUGGCAUCGCAUACUGUCUGACUUCCCAAGCAAAGUCGGCAGCCCAGUAUAUCGGCCAGCAGAUGAAGUCGGAGCAGGGCGUCCGAACCGCUGCGCAGUCAUGGCUCCGUCAGUUGCCUAUUGCACAGCGUUUGCGAUGUGACUUGCUGCCGAGCCAGCCUGCAGCAUGGGUUUACAGUAAGGGAAAGAAGCCCGUCAAGAUAUCCAAAAUGGCAGUAGAAGAGCUCUUGUCUCGCAAAGCCGUCAACCCGAAACGUCUAGAGCUCUACCGCACGAAACCACUGUCCAUUCAAGUGACCCGGUGGGACCCGAUAUCCGGCGGCGCCUCCGCCGUCAUGGCGACGGCAGUCGACAUGACCGACUCCAUCACCGGCAUGGUGACCAAGCCGGUGGACGAGUAUCGACACGAACAACGGCGCCGCGAGCGACAGCGAAAGAAGGAUCACCGUAGCUCCAGCCUCACCAGCCCCUCCCAGACCUCCGUGUCCGGUUCCGCUGACGACCUCGGAAAGCCAAAACAACGGUCCAUAGCCGGCACGGCCGCGUUGGCGUCGGUCAAGAGCAUUGGCAUGAUCGGGCCGAUCGCCGCUAAGGGGAUGCUUGUCGACUUCCCGUUGGCCAUCACAGAGGGCCUGAAGGCCGUGCCGCAGCACUUGGGAACCAAGACCCGGCACCAUGGCCCAGUCACCGACGCGAAGAGCGGCGCAGCGGUCGCUGGCCAGACGUUUGCGUGGGGAUUUGUCGACGGCCUGAGCGAUCUGGUCAUGGAGCCUAUCCGCGGCGCCAGCAACGGGGGCGGCGCGGUGGGCGCCGUCAAGGGCGUCGGCAAGGGAGCGGUCAGUCUUGUCGCGAAAAGCGGCGCUGGUAUGUUUGGCCUGUUUGCUUAUCCCACCGCCGGGAUUGCAAAAAGCAUUCGGACGGCAGUCCAUGGCAGGACGAGGGAGCUAGUAGCUAGGGCGAAGCAUGCCGAGGGACAGUGGAUAUUAGAGAGGACUGGUCCACAGCAGCCAACAUCGAAGUCGGGGAGCUAUUUUGGUGGGUGGCAAUGCGAGUCUUGA